GCUCAUACAAAUGAGCAGAACCACACAAGAAAAAACAACAUAAAAGAACAGACAACAAAGUAUAAUUUUCAAUUCAUGCUUGAAGAACUCUGCACAUAAAACCUUAUUAAAUGUUGUCUUUACAGGCGCACAAUCAAGACACGCAUACUGCAAUAGAAAUGCUCUGCUCUCCUGACAGAUGAGACCGAAUGAUGGAGCUCCAAAACCAGAGCCUGGCCUCAGCUCCUGCCAACUGCACCCUGGAUACCAGCUACCGCUACACCUUCUACCAAGUCACAUACAGCAUCAUAUUUAUCUUUGGUUUGGGGAGCAACACUUUGGCCCUGCAAAGGUUCUGGGCUUCAUCAAAGACGCUCAAUAGCACCGCAGUCUACAUGGUUAACCUGUCUGUGGCAGACCUCUUCUUUGUGGUGUCCCUUCCCCUGAGGAUCUACUACCACCACCACUCUUCCCAGAACUGGAUGCCGGGGGGCACUUUCUGCCAGCUGACUUUCACACUUAAAUACAUCAGCCUCUACGGAGGCAUCUUCUUCUUGGUGUGCAUCGGGGUUGACCGCUACUUUGCUGUGGUCUACCCCUUCAACAAGCGGUGGAGGAGUGUGCGUACCGCUAGGGGAACAAGUGCAGGGAUUUGGUGCCUGGUGUUAGCCCUCAGCAUUUCCCUCCCCUUCCUACACACGGCUGCAGCCCUGCUCCACCAGCCCUGCCUGCUGGACCCAUCGUCCAGCCGCAACCGCCUCUUCAUCGUGGGCAUCCUCCUCCUUGUGGAGGCUGCAUUUCUGCUGCCCAUGCUCCUGCUGCUCUUCAGUUACUGCAGCAUCCUGCACGUGCUGCGUCGCCCUCACUGGGAUCACCGCCGACCUCAUCCGCGCAAGCAGCGAACCUUGACGGUCAUCUACUGGGUGGUGGCCAUCUUCCUCCUCUGCUUUGCUCCUUACCAUUUCAACCUCUUCUGGUAUACCCUCACCAAGGUGCAGCUACUGCCCAACUGCCUCCUAGCCAAGGCCAGCCAGGCACUACACCCUGUGGUCCUUGUCCUGGCUAGCUCCAACUGCUGCCUGAAUCCUCUCAUCUACUAUUUCUCCAGCAAGAUGUUUCACAAGGAUUCUGCCACCAGCACUGGCAGCCAGUGAGCUGAACUGGGAUACUGCACAUAUGGAACCUUUUUUUUCCCCCCUGUAGCUUUGUUGAAAUUUCAUCCUUACCCCAAGAAGAUAGAGAAGAGAAUUUGUGGCCCAGGACGUCUUCUAUGCUAACCAACCAACUGAAGUCCUUUGCAAAUAAGCAAAUAAGGGACUUGAUCUGACAGGAAAAGCAUAGCGUAGCUAAGGACACUUUCAACACUGAACUGCCAAGCUACCUCAAUUGAGUCACAAAGAUAACCUCUGAAAACUGACACCCUUCUUUCCCAUACUACAGCAACUCUGUGAUUUUUGGGAAGCAUCAAAACCCUAGGAAACACUCAUCCUUGUGAACUGUCUCUUAACGAAAACUCGCAAUCACCUGAUGUGAAGAGCUCAUGAAUCAAGACACCAAAGAAAAAAAGAACAAAAUCUUGGUGAAAAUAAAUUUCUGCAGUCCAACAAGGAAUACAAAGUGCAGUUGUUCAUGGACUACAAAUGAUAAACUUCCUACAUUAUAAAUCAAGGAAUGACAAGAUCUCGAGAAGGUUCCAAGGUCUACCCGUAGUAGUAGUAGUAGUAAUAAUAAUAACUUACACUUAUAUAAGGCUUUUCUGGACACAACUUCCAUUAAGUUCAGCUCAAAACUCAUGAAGGAAUCGUAUAGUUUCUGUUAGAUGUGGAUGUUCAAAUGAUUGGAUUUGACUUGUGUGGGAAAGUUCUUGCUGAACCUGUGCUGCAUUCUUUUAACAUUCAUGGAGAUGUGAAAGGUGGGUUAUGUAUAAUUGUUGUACACUUGCUCACAUUAAUCACAGGCUUCUUCUGUUUUGUAUAAGUGUAGGCACUUCUUGACUAGAUACUAUUCUAGUACAAUUGUUUAGCAUUGCACCGCCACUCACUGCUAUCUUCAAUUAUUUAGGAGGUUGUAUUGA